AUGAGAAGUGUUGUUUCUCAGAUUAGCGGGCCCCCCAGACGGCCCCUGCUGGCCCUGCUGCUGUAUCUGGCCCCUCUGCUGCUGAUGGAGGGUUGCUGCUACGCGGCCCCCUCAGGCCCGGAGUCUGACUCUUGCUCCACCCUAGUCCAGAGCCGCUUUUUCGGCUUCUUCCUGUCAUCGUCAGCGUUCCCCAGCAUGCCCUGCUCCUGGACUCUGCAGAACCCCGACCCGCGGCGCUACACCAUCUUCCUCAAGGUCACCAAACCUACGGAGCACUGUGUGCCGUCACAGCUGCGCACCUUCCAGUACGAGUCCUUCCUGGAAACAACGCGCACCUACCUGGGCAUGGAGAGCUUUGACGAGGUGGUGAAGCUGUGUGACGCCUCGGCCCCCGUGGCCUUCCUGGAGGCGGGAAAGCAGUUCCUCCAGAUGAGGAAGGGUCUUCCUCGGGCAGGAAAGACCAUGAAGGAUGGUGAUGGGGAUUUCAAAACUGAGUACCUGGUGGUCGGGAAGCGAAACCCCAGCAUGGCAGCCUGUCAGAUGCUGUGCCAGUGGCUGGAGGACUGCCUGGCCUCCAGCACCUCCAGCAGGCCCUGUGGCAUCAUGCAGACCCCCUGUACCUGCUGGGAGCCCCCACCGCUGCUCAGUGAGGGGGAUAGCUGCUAUCACAAUGGAGUUUACCUGGAAAACUGUUUACCCAGCGUGAAAGAGAGUGGAACAAAUGCUGAGAUAAAUGGCGGGUGGAGUGUGUGGGGGCAGUGGAGACGGUGCAGCAGCGAGUGCGGAGGCGGGAUUCAAACCCGGGCUCGGACCUGUCAGUCACCGGCAGAGGAGUCGUACCUGUGUGAGGGGGUGCUGGAGGAGGGCCGUCCCUGCAACGCUCAGCCCUGCAGCGGCAAAGGCCUCCAUCUCUCUCGCAGCCAAUCGCUUCGCUCGGUGGACAGCCGCAAGCGUGAUGACGUAGACAAGCCCCGCGGCGGACAGCAGAGCCCUCAGACAGUAGACUCAGCUUCAGGUGAGGAGUGGUCAGCGUGGAGUGUGUGUUCUGCCACUUGUGGGGAGGGCUGGCAGAGUCGCACUCGUCUCUGUGUGUACGGCUCCUACAGCACCCAGUGCAGUGGGAAACUGCGCGAGCAGAGAGCCUGCAACAACUCUGCUGUUUGUCCAGCUGCUCUGAUUGCAGUGCACGGCGCUUGGGACGAGUGGUCGCCGUGGAGUUUGUGUUCAUCGACCUGUGGCCGAGGUUACAGGUCGCGAACACGAACCUGCGCCCCCCCACAGUUUGGGGGGGAUGUCUGUGAUGGCCCAGAGAAACAGACCAAGUUCUGCAACAUAGCUGUCUGUCCAGUGGAUGGAGUGUGGAACGAGUGGUCCAACUGGAGCUCGUGCUCCGCCUCCUGCUCCAACGGGACCACUCAGAGGACCCGGGAGUGUAACGGCCCCUCGUACGGGGGCUCCGAGUGCAGAGGGGAGUGGCUGGAGACCGUUGACUGCUUCCUUGGGGAGUGCCCGGUGGAUGGCAAGUGGCAGCCGUGGUCUUUGUGGUCGGGCUGCUCUAAAACCUGUGGUGGGGGGAGCCAGCAGAGAAACAGGAUUUGUUAUGGGCCCUUUUUUGAAGGGCAAUCUUGUCCCGGAGAACGGGAAGAGGUCCGGCACUGUAAUGAGAAGAGAUGCCCAGAACCUCAUGAAAUAUGUGGCGAGGACAACUUCUCCAACGUUGUAUGGAAGAUGACUCCAGCUGGGGAUACAACGGCAGUACGCUGCCCCCCCAAUGCCAUGGGGCUGAUCCUGCGCCGCUGCUCCCUGGACGAAGAGGGCGUCGCCUACUGGGAGAAUCCCACCUACAUGAAAUGUAUAUCCAAUGACUAUCGCAGCAUACAAACUUUGACCCGGGAACAUUUGUCAAAAGCACAGCGUGGCCUUGUGGGAGAUGGAGUCUCCGAGGUGAUGACCAAGCUGAGGGUGACCUCCAGUGAUGGGACCAGCUACAGCGGAGACCUGCUGGCCAUCGUGGACGUGCUGAAGAACAUGACGGAGAUCUUCAGGAGGGCGUACUACAGCCCCAGCAGCACAGACAUGAGGAACUUUGUGCAGUCAGUCAGCAAUCUGUUGAUGGAAGAGAACCGGGAUAGAUGGGAAGAAGCACAACUGCUGGGACCCAACAUCAAAGAGCUGUUCCGUCUGGUGGAGGACUUUGUGGACGUCAUCGGCCUGAGGAUGAAAGACUUCCAAGACAUGUAUGAAGUCACCGAUAACCUAGUUUUGAGCGUCCACAAGCGCCCGGUGGUGGGUCAGGCCGACAUCAGCUUCCCGAUGAAGGGCUGGAGGGGCAUGGUUGACUGGGCCCGCAGCUCUGAGGACAGAGUGAUCAUCCCCAAGAACAUCCUGUCCACCGGCAAGCCAGAAUCAGACGAGUCCUCCACGUUUGUAACCGGGAUCGUUCUGUACAGAAACCUGGGCAGCAUCCUGACUCUUCAGAGAAACACCACAGUCCUCAACUCCAAAGUGUUAUCAGUGACCAUCAAGCCCACCCCCGCCUCCCUCUCCGCCCCGGUGGUGGUUGAAUUCUCUCACCUGUACAACGGCACCACCAACCAGACGUGUAUAUCCUGGGAUGAGAGUGACAGCUCCUCUCUGCUGGGAUCCUGGUCUGCCAGGGGCUGCAAAGCCGUGCUAGUCGACUCCUUCAGAACCAAAUGCGUGUGUGACAGACUGUCCACCUUCGCCAUUUUAGCACGGCUAAACCCCGAAAUGAACAUGGAUAAGACUCAGCUGCCCUCGGUGACGCUGAUCGUCGGCUGUGGAGUUUCUUCUCUGACUCUGUUGCUGCUCAUCAUCAUCUAUGUGUCUGUGUGGAGGUACAUCCGCUCUGAGCGCUCAGUCAUCCUCAUCAACUUCUGUCUCUCCAUCAUCUCCUCCAAUGCUCUUAUUCUCAUCGGACAGACACAGACUCGGAAUAAGGUCUUGUGCACCCUGAUCGCUGCGUUCCUUCACUUCUUCUUCCUGUCGUCGUUCUGCUGGGUUCUGACCGAGGCGUGGCAGUCCUACAUGGCGGUGACGGGCCGCCUCAGGAACCGCAUCAUACGCAAGCGCUUCCUGUGUCUCGGCUGGGGUCUCCCUGCACUAGUCGUGGCGAUCUCAGUGGGGUUCACCAAGGCAAAGGGAUAUGGAACACCGAGCUACUGCUGGCUGUCUCUGGAAGGAGGUCUUCUCUAUGCGUUUGUUGGACCUGCUGCAGCUGUCGUCUUGGUUAACAUGGUUAUUGGAAUUCUCGUAUUUAACAAACUGGUGUCCAAAGACGGCAUUACUGAUAUGAAACUAAAGGAGAGGGCGGGUCAGAUGACAGUGCCACUGUACAAUAUGACGCUCAAAUGUGCCAAGUGCGGGGUUAUCUCUUCGGCUGACGUUUCCACCACAGCUACCAGUAACGCCAUGGCGUCCCUGUGGAGCUCCUGUGUGGUCCUGCCCCUCCUGGCCCUCACCUGGAUGUCAGCCGUCCUGGCCAUCACCGACCGGCGCUCCGCACUCUUCCAGAUCCUCUUCGCUGUCUUUGAUUCGCUGGAAGGCUUCGUCAUAGUGAUGGUGCACUGCGUCCUGCGCAGAGAGGUUCAGGAGGCAGUGAAGUGCCGGGUGGUGGACCGCCAGGAGGAGGCUAACGGAGACUCCGGAGGAUCCUUCCAGAACGGCCAUGCUCAGCUCAUGACUGACUUUGAGAAAGACGUGGAUAUAGCUUGCAGAUCAGGCACCACGAAGCGCUCCUCUCUCCAGGGGGAGGAGAAGGCCUCCGGGACCCUCACCCAUCAGAAGGGGUCUAACUUUAACACCCUGCCUGCCAGCAUGGCCAAAGUGCACCUCCAGAAUGUGGCCGACUACACCAGCCACACUCUGACACUGCGCAGGGACAAGGGGCCUGCCAAGGGGAUCAGCACCGAGCUGCCGGGAGCCAAGUCCAUCUACAUCUGUGACGGAGAGCUCUUCAAGCAGCUGGACGGAGAGAUGCCGCGAGGGACCGGGGAGGGCAGCAGCUCCGAGGGCCCGGGCAAAGGCCCCGGGUACGUGCUUCUGCCGGGAAACAACACCGGCACCCUGAAGCUGGCCAAGGGGAAAGAGGAGGCCAAGUAUAACCUCGGCAUGGAGCAGCUGCCUCAGACCCGGCUCAUCCACCUGGCUAACCCCAUCAACGGGGAGCCCGUGCCUGGCUUCGGGCUGAAGAGCCUGCCUGCCGACCAGAUCAGUGUGUCGUGUGCUGACAGAGACUCACCUGCACACAACCUGCAGAAUAUGCCCAGAGACUCGCAGGGAGCCAACAGCCUGUGUGAGGGGGGGGAGUCUGGACACUGCGCUGUGAUGUCCAAGAGCGAAACCGUGUCCACACUGUCCAUGAGCUCACUGGAGAGACGAAAAUCACGCUAUGCAGAGCUUGACUUUGAGAAGAUUAUGCACACCCGGAAACGCCACCAGGACAUGUUUCAGGACCUGAACAGGAAGAUUCACAGUGCAGACAAGGAUAGAGAAUCUCCACCUGUUGAUGCCAAAGCUGCCAAAAGAUGGAGUGUGUCCUCUGCCAGCAGCGACAAGACCAACAUGAGUGACAAGCAGCAGACCCCCAGUAAAAGGGCGUGGGAGGGCGUCAGGAAGACCCACUCCCCCCCCUCCUGGGUGAGGAAGGACCUGGAGACGGUGGCCGCCUCCCCCCUGGAGCUUCAGGCUGUGGAGUGGGAGAAGACCAGCGCCACCAUCCCCCUGGUGGGCCAGGAGAUCAUGGACCUUCAGACGGAGGUGUGACCACCGCGGCCUCACACCCACCACUUCCUGUUUUCCCAAUGCGCUCAGACAAAACAAGCCGACACACCACACACACACUGCCCUGCUCAGUAUUUCUAAUCAAAGGCUGCUCGAGCCAACUGCGAGGAUGUAAGGGGGAGGAGUGCGGGGAGGAGAGAGAAGCGUCGCGAUAUCAGAAAAUAAAUUCAACGACUAAAGAGAGGACAGGAAAAUGACCUCUCUUUCUGUGUUGUCUCAUUUGAUGUUUGUUUUUGUCUGCUCAUCUUGUAAAUGGUCUCAGAAACCACAGACAUGCAGACAGAUUACCCAGGUAGCAGAUUCAGUUACUAUAUGAGCAUCAUAUGUUAUAAACCACAUAGCAAAGGCAACGUUUACCCCUGUAUCAAAUGCAUUUUAUAAUCAUGGUUAUGUCUUUCUUUCCGUUUGAGAGUGUCGUUGCAUCACUGUUCUGCUCUCUCUCAUGAUGAACGCUGUCAGGCUCCAGAUGCCUCCGGACUGAUUUUUUCAAUCUCAAAAGGAACAAACAAGGCAGACUGCCAGAUAUUCAGCCAUGUGGCCCUUAAUGUCCCCCCCCCCCCCCCCCCCCCCGCGCCACACA